ACACGUGUAUAACACAACAAUGGCGUCACCGGCGCUCGGGUUGCUGACUUGCUACGUUCUUUUGCUUCUAAUUGCUCAAAGUUUAGCCGGGAGAGACUUUUACAGUAUUUUGGGUGUGUCACGUAACGCUAAUACAAACCAAAUCAAGAAAGCAUACAGGAAGCUUGCCAGAGAGUUGCAUCCUGACAAGAACAAGGAAGAUCCCCAUGCACAAGAAAAGUUCCAAGACCUGGGAGCAGCGUAUGAAGUACUCUCAGACGAAGAAAAGCGAAAAACGUACGACCGGCAUGGCGAAGAGGGAUUGAAACAUGAUUCGUUUGGCGGAAGUGAUCCGUUCGCAAGUUUCUUCGGAGAUUUUGGCUUCUUUGGUGAUGGACAUCGAAAUGAGCAACGUGAGAUCCCACGUGGUGCAGAUGUGGUUAUGGACCUUUGGGUCACGUUGGAAGAGCUGUAUCAAGGCAAUUUUGUGGAGGUUGUCCGCAACAAGCCUGUGGCAAAACCAGCCAAAGGCACGCGCCGUUGCAACUGUCGCCAGGAGAUGGUUACCCGACAGCUGGGCCCCGGCCGUUUCCAAAUGAUGCAGCAGACAGUCUGUGAUGAAUGCCCCAAUGUCAAGUUGGUGAACGAAGAGAAACUUUUGGAGGUGGAAGUUGAGGCAGGCAUGAGGGAUGGCCAAGAGCAAGUCUUUGUGGCAGAAGGUGAACCUCAUAUAGAUGGCGAACCUGGGGACCUCAAGUUGCGGAUUCGAACUAUGCCGCACCAUGUUUUUGAGAGGAGGGGUGAUGACCUUUACACAAACAUAACCAUUUCACUGACGGAUGCUCUGGUAGGAUUUGAAACUGAAAUAACCCAUCUGGAUGGUCACAAGGUACCAAUUACACGUGAGAAAAUUACAUGGCCUGGAGCAAGACUACGCAAGAAGAAUGAAGGCAUGCCAAACUACGAAAACAACAACCAGAAAGGAACCUUGUAUGUCACUUUUGAUGUGGACUUUCCAAAAGGUGACCUUAGCACCGAAGACAAGGAAGCCAUCAAGAAAAUACUUAAAGAGGAAAGCAAGACAAAAAUUUAUAAUGGACUGCGGGGUUACUAGUGUGUCCCAGUGAACUGCUAUAGUUGUACAGAUUUCUUUUCUUUUUCACACAUUUCUUAUCCCUUCUGUGGAGGGCACCAAGUGGCAUGCCAAGCAUGGUUUUAACAUGCAGUGUGUAAGUGUACAGACUAUUUGAAACUGGCCACAUUGUUUGUAUGUGAGCAUUUUCUGUUUUUCAUCUUUUGAGUGGUUGCAUCUAGAGGAUGGAGGGGGAGGGGAGAGUGAAGAAAAUAAAGUCUAACUUUUGGCCUGCCUGUUAAAAUACCUGCUAAGUCAGUGCUGUUCUCUUUUUGUAUACUCAAGCUGGUAGAAGUUUCUAACCCAGAAUAUGACUGAAAAAAAAAAAAAAACUGGUGAACAGUACUCUUGGCAUUCUGGUAUAAGGCAGUCUAAUCAGAAUUGUAUUAGCUCAAUCAGUCAUCUUAGAUUAUUUGCAUUGAUUUUCCUUUGUCAGAUUGAAGCAGCACAUUUGCAGAUGUGACGUUAAAUAAUAUUUAUAUAACUGUUCAGAAGGAAGGCUCUGCACCCCUCUCCCACUUUUAGACUACUUUCUGGCAAAAUUUUAUGCAAUUUAGGAUAUUUAAUGCAUCAUUAAUGGCAUGGUUUUGUGCCAUUUACAACACAAAUGCAGCAGCUGGAACCCUUUGUGAUGUCAGGUGAAGGGUUCCCAUGACAGCUCUGUGCAGGAUCGGAGCGUAGCUCCUGUUGUACAGUCAGUUUUUGCUAAGUCGCACAACUCGUGUUCAUCACAUUUUUGAGCCCAUUGUUUUGUAUUGUUUCACACAAGUAUUUCAUCACAACUGCAGUGUGUGUUGAAAAAGAGUAUGGAGUAUGUACUAUGCCUAGGAUUUCCAAGUCAUGUGAAAUAAAUUAUGCUUGUUAUACAGAG